AUGGGCAUCACCCACAAGGAAGUCACCUGGUGUGAGAUCAGCCAGGUCGUUCGGGCCGUCGAAAAUGGAACAUCUGACUGCGUGGUGCUAAGAUACCAAAAUUGUGUCACAUUUGCGAACGAAACUCACUUUGCCAUUGUCACGUGCUCGAGCGUCGGUCUGCCAAAAGCGAGCAAUAGCCUAACCGCUAAUAUCGGAUCUGCCGCUUGCAGUUACAUUUUUACCGAGCCCAAUCAAGAAGUCUUAGUAUGCAAUCCUUUUAGUUUUUGCAAGGCUUGGAAGAAUGGUCCAAGGAAAUCCUUCUUUUUGAUGGCGCCCUCUAGCGCAUACUUGCGGCACCAAGCGCUACCAAGUAUAAAGCACCAACUAGUGGCGCCAUUAGCAGCUUGUGGCCUAUAAGUGAAAACUGCAGAUUUAUCUGCAAAAUAUUGAUCGUGUUUGGCCCUAACUUUUUAAUGUACGGUCCGACUUCAGGUCGUCUUUUUUUCUCAAAACCGCACGCAUGCAAAUUUACCUAGCAAAUAUGCAUUUGCGUUGUGCAUUUUUUUGGGGGACAUCUGGGUGCAUUUCAAUACAGUGCAUCCAGGUGUAUUUGACUGUGAAUGUAAAAAAGAAAAACUCAAACCCGAAGUUUGCGAGGCCCAUUUUUUUAAGAUCGUCUUUUUCGGUAAAAUCGAAUGUAUGUUUACUGUAUUAUUAUUAGCUUCUCUAGUUUCCAAAUUUUGUUUUACGACAAAAGAGGAAAGCCAUCUUUAGCUUAACAAUAAUGCACAGUUUGCUGUAAUAUAUAAAAAUAUGGUUUGCUGUACGUAGCAUCAAAGCUAUAUUUUUUCCCGCCACUGUAAGAGAAGAAAGCACAGGCCAAACAAACGGAAACUCCUUAAAAGCAAGAAAAAGGCAAAAGGCAAUACAAAAAAGCGCGAAGUUUUUAUCAUUUUUUGCUUUCUUUGUUAGUUGUAAUUGUAUUAUUUUUGAAAAGUGAAAAAUUGCUUUAAAAAAUUUGGUUGCCCUCUGCCACCAAUUCCAAAUCAAUAUUUUGACAAAUAAAAUACAUACAAAUCCGAGAACAAAUAUUAAAAUUAAAUAAAUUAUUGAUAUGCUAACAUACAGAUGUAAAUAGUUACUGGCACAAUUAGCAUAUUAAUGGCACACCUAAAGUAACAAAAGGUUCUUAUCUCAGAGAAACAUGUCCGAGCAUGUUUGGGAAUAAUGUUUUAUAUGAUUGCAAGUCUAGUUUAUAAAUCAACAUUACUUCAAUAAAAUAAAUCUCACAAGCUAA